GCUGCUCUACGAGGGAGAGGUUGAGCCAGGGGCGAACCCGUGGGUCGACAGGUUCCUGGUUUGCAAGGGUUGUGAGAUGCGUGGCCUGGUUGACGAUCUCCCGCCCAUCGAGGGCUGCAACGGCACCGCCGUCCUGGAGGUUGACAUUACGGCGCAGUUCACCCGAGAAAACACGCUCGUCGUCAGCUGCGAUAUUCUGCAACUGAUCAUGACCGGCAUCUGGGUCACGAAGGACCAGGAGUCCGGGGAGUGGGUCAGAGCCUCUGACAAACCGGGCGACCCUGGCGUUCCCGGCGCUAUCCCGGUACAGGUGUGCGCCAGCUGCCGCAAGACCACGCUGGACGAGGGCCGGGCGUUCGACGUUUGUCAGGACUGCCAGGGCGUUUGGUACUGCAGCGACGAGUGCUGCGCGGCGCACCGCAUGAAGCACAAGGCGACGUGCUGCGAGCCGUACCUGCCCCACCGGAAGCAGUGGGGGGUCAAGGAGGGCGUGAAGGGGCUGCGGGACGAGAUGUACCCCCUGACCGGGCUGGCCUCCUUCCGGGAGCCGCACGAGCACCGCAUGCCCUGGCUGAGGAGGCCCGAGCACGCCAAGAAGCUAGCACCUGGGGGAGUGAGGACGGUGUCCCUGCCCGGCUUCGGGGACAGGACCAUGCUGCCAGUGAGGAGCGGGCAGCUCGAUCAGAUCAGGACGGGAGCGGACGGGACCAUAACAAUCACGCCCGCUCAAACGGUCUCGUCCCGAGAGCCUCGCAUGGUCCGGGAGACGCCGGAGCCGGAUCCAGAGAUCCUGACCUUCCUGAACAUGACCCGCGACGAGUACGUGGAGAAGGACCAGAAGAUGCAGCUGGCGCUCGCCAAAGAGGACUGCGAGGCACUUGGGAUCGUCGGGAUCGCCCCCGUCGCGCGCAGCGCGGAGUCGGAGGCUGGUCCGACCCCGUCGUGGGUCAAGCCGAAGCAGAGGAGGGUCAUGGAUGGCGUCGACGAGCCCCGGACGAGGCCGGGCCGCGUGGAGCUCGACGAGCGCGCAGUGCAGCGCCUGGAGGCGGCGCAGGUCGAGGCCGUGCGGCCCGGCCAGCCCAGGCCAGAGGUGGUGCCCGCCCCCUGGGUGGCGUUCGAGCGGAGCGGGGCCGACGAGGACGAGGAGUUCGAGGUCAUAAAGCCCAACCCCGGAGCCGGGGAUCUCCCGCCGCCGGCGGAGCGCAAGGAGGGCGUCGUCUACAGGGACUCCCUGGUGCGGCAGGACGCGAAGAGGAGGGGUCUGCGGCUCUCGGAGGAGGCACUGCAGCGCAUGGAGGCGGUGGGCACGGUGGCCAGGAAAGAGGCAAAGGACAAGAACAAGCAGGUGUCGAACCAGCGCCGCACUGUCGACGCGCGCCACACCUACGGGGACUUCCUCUCGGAGUCGGCCCAGCAGGUCGGCCGCGCGGCCGACCAGCGCAAGGCGAACGGGGCUGCCGCCGCGACGCGCCGCAGGCCGCCGCCGGCGCGCUGA